AUGAGACGGUCCAGCAGCUCAGGGGGCACUCCUUUCAUCUCCCUCCUUGAGCCACACCCCCUCACAGGCUGGGACCGCACUCUCCCAGCUGACGAACAGCCCGAUCUGGACAGCUUGCCCCGCACCUUCGUCGACGCAAUGCGUGUGCGCCAGGAGGUCUUCGUUCAGGAGCAGAACGUCCCCUUAGCAAAUGAAUUCGACGCCGACGAUCCGCGCUCCUGCCACUGGGUGAUCUACGCCUCAGUCAACAAGACCGUGGAGCCGGCACGCACUGACCCCGUCACAGGCAAAAUCAUCCAGCCGCGGCGUAGCGAGACGCAGAGCGUGCCGAUCGGCACGAUCCGGCUUGUGCCCUUCCCGCAUCCGCCGCAUCCGCUAGACGGCGGGGUCUACGUAGACGGGGAGCUCGUGAACUCGGGCGAGCCGGUCGCAAGGGUACAUAGCAUCCACCCUGCCGCUGGCGGUGAGAGAACGACCUCUCAGUACUCCUCUAACAGCACCUCCCCAACCCUCCCAAACUCCCAAAUUGUGCCUCCAGCUCCCCCAUCCCUGAUCAAGCCAGCCUUCACACCGGACCGCCCAACCACCUACCACGACGGCGUGGAGCCUUAUCUCAAGCUGGGCCGACUUGCCGUGAUCCCUGCCUUCCGAGGCCGUGGCAUCGCCCAGCAGCUCAUCAAAACUGCCGUGGCAUGGGCGCGGUCGCACCCAGAGUAUUUUAACCCGUCGGCAACAGAGCAAGGGUUUGAGCAGCUGGGCAUGGAGGAAGGGAGCCGCAUGAGGGGAGGAGGAGUUGUGCCCCGAUGGCAGGGAUUGAUUUGUGUUCAUGCGCAGGUAGAAGCGAUCAAAGUGUGGGAGAGGUGCGGGUUUGUUCUUGAUGAGGGUAUGGGGAAGUGGAUGGAGGAGGGGAUUCCGCAUGUGGGCAUGUUUCUGAGAGUGUCUUUGGACAAACGAGAGGAUGAGUUCACUAUAUAA